UUAUCAAGAAUGGUCUAGAGAAGACCAUUGACUAAUACUAGCUGUCAGAUGUAGGAGGUAGGACUUGGAGAAUGCGCAAUAUGUCUAGAUCAUUAUGGCUUUCAGAUUGAAGCAAUUAGCCAAUUCUCUACAAACACUAGAUGUUCACUGGGAUGAAUUUGAGACCGCCACUGCAUCGUGAUAAUCUCAAAAUAGUGAAUCAUUAAUUUCAAGGUAAUCUUCAAGAAGAAUACUCCACGAAAUCAAGCAUUCAUAAAGUUAUAUCUAAUCAUUUCGAAUGUUCGAUAUCUAGUGUAUGUAAUUUCGAGUGAGUAUAAUAUUUGAUUAACAGUUAUUGUGUACUUUUAUGGUGAAUUAGUAGUAAACCAGUAGUUACCGUCAUGUUGGAUCAAGAUAUAAUGAACGAUCUUGAAGUUUUCACCAAAACAAUUAUGAAGAAUGAAGGAAUCGCCGAAUACGAUAUAAACAUUGAAGGACAAACUGAAAAGGGUACAAAUUAUAGCUCUGAAAUAGUUUUCUUUAGUGUUACACCAAAAACGGUUGAAAAAAAGUAUAGCUUCGUGAUGAAAACAACGAAAAGAUCCAAGAAGAUGAGAGAACUAUCCCAAGACGCUGUUGGAGACAAACGUGAGAUGCACCUAUAUUCCAAAGUAGCUCCAGCAAUUCGUCAGAUGCUUAUUGAAUCAGCAUCAGAUUUCCAUCUGGAAAAUAUGACUCAACCAUAUUUGGUAAACGAGGAUCCUGGACACGAAACAAUGAUAAUGGACAAUUUGAAAGCCAAGGGCUUCAGGUUGUGGGAUACAAACAAACCAAUGAAUAUGGAACACAUCAGAACCGUUUUGAGUAACUAUGGAAAAUAUCAUGCUUCUACUAUGGCUUUGCGUUUCAAAAAUCCAAAAGUUUUCGCUAAUUUAACGAAGGAAAUGAACAAUAUUUUCGCAGCUUUCAUUGACGAUGAGGGUGUCAGAAAAUUGUUCGGUGAUUAUAUGAGAGACGCUAUUCAAAUUCUAAAUAAAGCUGGACUGAAAAAUAUCGCCGAAAAACUGGAAGAAGUACCCGAAAACGUUAUAAAUAUCCUUGCAAAUUGUCCAAAUGAGGAAGAUAAAGUACUUAUUACUCAUGGCGAUUGUUGGAUCAAUAAUAUGAUGUUCAAAUAUAAGAAUGCAGAAAGCCUGGAGCCCUUAGGUGUAUGUUUCUUGGACUUCCAGUUGUCCAGUUUUGGAUCUCCUGCUACAGAUUUGAGUUACUUCCUUUAUACCUCUUGUGAUGAAAAUACAAUAACGAAUGAGUUCGAAAAUCUUCUACAGUUUUACUAUGAUUCCUUCUCUUCAACUUUGAAGAAGCUUGCACUCGAUCCAGAAGAAAUUUUUAGCAUUCUGAAGCUGAAGGAUCAUUGGAGAAAAUAUGCUAUAUCAGGUCUUAUAAUGGCGGCCUUCGUCAUCAAAGUUCAACUUGCGAAGAAAGAUGAAGCUGCUCCAGAUAUAUCAGAAAGUGGAGAUCUAAGUUUAAUGAAAUUAGGUCAGAUAGAGAAUAAUGAUCAUUUUGAGAGUAGAAUCAUAGCUGUUUUUAAGAAUUUUGCCAAGACGUGUAUGUGAGGAGAAGUGACAACUUAUUUCAAUUUAAACUUGUUUCGUAAAAAUAUCAUUAGUUUAAUUUGAAAUUGUACUUAUUGUAUUGAAUAUUUGAAUAAACUCAUUUAUUAUUA